AUGAGUCCGUACAGCUCGCGGGCAUUUCUCUGUUGUCCCCAACAGACCCUGCCUCUCCUGCUCCUCCUGAGCGUCAGGAUCGAAGCCAUCCCGUCCUCCUUCCAGUUGGCCCCCGACACCCCAGCCCCGGCAGAGCCGACCCCAACCCAGGCCACACCUCACCCGGACCCCUGCGAGGGACGACCCUGCCUCAACGGGGGCUUCUGUCUGGCUCUACGCUCCGACGGAAGGCCGGAGGAGACCUGGGAGUACACCUGCACGUGUGCCCGGGGCUUCACAGGACGCAACUGCGAGUUUUUCACAGACCCCUGUGCCAGCAAUCCAUGUCUCCAUGGAAACUGCAGCCGUGGUGGUGGCGGAGAGGAGGGGGAGGUGGCUUACACCUGUGAGUGCACCGAGGGCUACGAGGGGGAGAGGUGCGACCAGGUCAUGCUGGACUUGCCCCCUGCCGCCAACUGGGAGUCUUCUACUCCCUUCGCUCCCGAGCCAGCCACCGCCGUCACAUCCACAACCGUUCCUCAAACGCAGCAGCCGACUACCAUUCCCUCUACCACCCCGCAGGCCCCUCCCAGUCUGCAGCCAUGGCGACCCAAACCUGGGCAGAGGCUGCUGGUAGUGCCGUGGGAAGCAGACAGGGUGACCGAGGGGCUGCACUGUGUGAGGCCUGGUCUGUGUGAGCUGACCUCAGGAACCCUGACUUUGUCUCUGGAGGUGCCAGAGGAGACAGCUGUUAAGAUCUUGGUGAAUGCUAGUGGAGCGCCAAUGCUGUGGCGUGUGGAUGAGGAGGGCUUCCUGCGUUCAUCUGUGUUGGAGGGCACCAUCAUGGCAUUCCAGCAGGAUAACAAUGGCCUUGUGGUGCCAGAAUACUCCCUACCCCUGGGACAAAACUACUUCCUAAGUGUGGUGCAUGUGGGCGCCCCCACUACCCCAGAGGUCACCCUGCGUCUCAACAUGACAGUGAAGGCCAGCAGCUGUGUGGAGCCCGGCAGCCGCUUCAGCGACCCACAAUGCUCUGGGAAGGGCAAGUGCAUCACACAGCCCUCUGCGAGCACCUUCUUUUGUGAGUGUGAGGAUGGCUACGCUGGAAUCUUCUGUGAGGAAUUUGAUGCUUGCCAUCAUAGACCCUGUCGCAACAAUGGCACCUGCACUGAUGUUAGACAAGGGAGUGAAGGACACAACUUCACAUGCACAUGCCCCCCAGGGUAUGAGGGGGAACGUUGCCAGUUGCUAGUGGACCACUGCUUGCCUCAGCCCUGCAAGAAUGGAGCUACUUGUUUCAGUAACCUGGUUGGACCCAGGUGCUACUGCCCUGAAGGCUACCAGGGCACUUUGUGUGAGCAGAAGGUGGACCCAUGUGCUUCAACCCCCUGCCACAACAAUGGGACAUGUUAUGCCCAGGGCCCUGGACCCCUGGGGUUUGCAUGCAGCUGCACAGCUGGUUUCACUGGCCCCACAUGUGCCCAGCUUGUGGACUUCUGUGCCCUCAACCCCUGUGCCCAUGGUAACUGCCGCAGCGUGGGAAAUAGCUACAGGUGUCUGUGUGUCCCAGGCUAUCAUGGCUUGUACUGUGAGGAGGAAUACAAUGAGUGUCUGUCUGCUCCUUGCCAGAACUAUGCCACCUGUAGGGACCUCAUCAAUGCCUAUGAAUGUGUUUGCACACCACAGUUUGAAGGCAGACACUGUGAAAUCUACAAGGACCCAUGUCUGAAGUUGCGCUGCCAGAAUGGAGGCCACUGUGAGAAUGCAGGACUCAAUGCCUCCUGUAUCUGCCCCCCUGGAUACCUAGGAGAGAGCUGUGAGCUGGAUGUCAAUGAGUGCGAGAGCAACCCCUGUCAUCAUGGUGGCACCUGCAUCGACCAAUCAAACAGCUUCACCUGUCACUGUCCUCCGGGGUGGGUGGGACCCAGCUGUGAGAUCCACUUGCAGUGGAAGCCAGCGCACCCCGAAGACACUCUGACCAACAUGCCCCGUCAUUCCCUCUACAUCAUCAUUGGCGCUCUCUGUGUGGCUUUUGUCCUCAUGCUCAUCAUCCUCAUCGUGGGCAUCUGCCGCAUCAGCCGCAUCGAGUACCAGGGCUCGUCGCGCCAUGCCUACCAGGAGUUCUACAACUGCCGCAGCAUCGACAGCGAGUUCAGCAAUGCCAUCGCCUCCAUCCGCCACGCCAGAUUUGGGAAGAAGUCUAGGCCUGCUAUGUAUGAUGCCACUCCUAUCACCUAUGAAGACUACAGCCCUGAUGACAAGCCUCUGGUCACCCUCAUCAAAACUAAAGAUUAG